AAUUUACACAAGGAAGCUUGGUGGAGGAGAGUACCAAUUAACACUGAAAAGAGGUGGUGCUCUAGUGAUCUUGAAGAUGAGAUCAAUCUUUCUCAAGAGUUUGACACGCGAAUACGCGCAAUAUCAUGCACUGUCAUUUACCUUGGUUAAUCCCAAACUGAAAUUGUCUUGGUACUACACGUGCAAUGAAUGCAGCAGAAUGAAGCUCCACGUAGCUGAUGGCCUGAUUAUCUCCAUGUAACGGACAGUUUGGUACUCUCUUCCUCUGUAUUUUGUCAAGGCUAGUUAAGAUAGUCUUUUGCAGUAACUGUGGUAAAAUCCCUUUCACAAUCUGAUCGAUAAGCAGUCAUCUAUUCAUUUUCAUAUAAUUCCUCUGAAUUCUUGAGAUGAGAAUUCGGAACAACCGGAUGUCCUGUUCUAUGCUACCUCUGCCACCUGAAGUUGUUUCAAGGUGCAACCAUUUUCCUUCACGAGGUCAAUGCUCUGAUGAUCGUUUCUUGGUUGAAGAGGUGAAUCGGCUCAUUAAAUGGUCAUCCUGCCCAUUGAGAAAACUUUCAGAUCAAGAUACUCAAGCAGCACAAUUGCACGAUCAGUCGCAGCUGGCACCAUCUGGUGAAACAAAAUCCUUAAAUCAUGUAGAACAGAAAACUGGAAAAGAGGAUUACAAGUUGGAGAGGCCUGGCCUUGUAGUGUCCCUAACAAUUGAAGAAACUGGCAAUGGAGGCAGAAAAUCAAAUUCGUCUAGAACUUUUUGUGGGGAAGAAGAUUGGUCCAGGUUUUCAGCUAAAAUUGUCCUUGCACUCCAAGCAACUUCCUCUCGGCCAGAAAGGGAAUUGCCAUUAAAGAAAAGAAGGUACCAUCGGUUGAAAAUUGAAAGAAUGGAGGCAGGAAAGGAAGAAAGACCUGCUGCUAUAGAGGGAAAUGCCAACGCAACAACAAUGCCUGAGCAAGGGGUAAAUUUGGACACAACAUCAAUGCUUGAUAAAUUGGUAAAGAGGGAGACUACAUUGAUGCCUGAGAAAGAGAAUCUGAAUGAAUGUGAUGGUAGUCAGAGGAGCAAGAGCAUCAAUUGUUUAUUAAACCAGGAAUCAUCCCUCCCUUCUCCAAUCAUUUAUGGUCUGCAAAGGCAAGAAAGUGGUGAAAAUUUGUUCCUAGGGGGAAUGCCUAUCGAGUAUGAGGGAAAGCAAAAGCGGAGAAGGGGACGACCAAAGAAGGGAACAGGACAUCACUCAAAGGGAGCAUUAGGGAUGAGGAGAAGCAAAUAUUUCCUGGAUUAGAAGUUCUGUAGCCAAGCUGUGUGAGGAUAUAUGAGGCGAUAACAUGAUUUACUGUCAUAAGAGCCUCAAUAAUGUAUGCUCCUCCUUUUUUCUUUCUUUCAAUGCGGUGCCAUUGCUUAUGGUUCUGGAGUUCCAUUUUCUCACGCAGAAUAAAUAUGGUAUCCUGACCAAGAUAAGCAGUGCACUGAUUGAGUACUUCUCUGUAAUAAAAGUUGAAUUAAAAACAAUAAUUAUGUUUUCCCUAGUUUCCUAAUUUAUGAUUUAGAUCA